GUCACCGAAUUAAGUCGCGGAUUGAGACACUUAUAGAGUAGAAUAAAAAUGACUGACUCAUGCAUACUUCGAAAGAUAAGGCAAUCAAUGGUCGAAAAGAUUAGUUGUAUGCCCCAGAUAAUUCAAUCUUGGACUGAUACAAAAUCAAAACAUGUCGAUGGUCAUGUGGUUUUGGAUAGGAACCAGCCUUACUUGUGGGCUAGUCUUGGGAGAAGUGAGGGUUGAGCUGAAUCCACAAAUUCCGUUUCCGGAGGGCCAGAAAGUCGAACUCAAGGCAACAUGGACUGGAACCCGGGACUCGUGUCUGUGGUCCUUGGAAGACAAGCUAUUAUGCGUCAUUUCCCAAGACCAAGGUCCAUCAACAUGUGGUCCAGAUUACCAAGUGAAAGCAGAAUUUCCCUCGUCGUCUACUUGCUCCUUGAAAUUUGAACCAUUCAAACCAAAAUUUGAUGGCCACUAUUCUGUGAGUGUUUCAGGAGGUCUUAGUAAUCCUGAGUCUUCGGAAGCUGUACCGCUUUGCGCUGAAAAGAGUUCGACAGUGCAACUAGAAGUGGGGUCUCAAGCCCCAGACAUUUGGGAAGUUACCCAAAACAAGCCCGUUUCCAUUGAUUGCUACGCCCGUGGAGGUCGACCGGAGACACCCAACUUCCAAUGGUUUUUGGACCUAAAUGGUGAUUUCUUACAUCAGUCCGAAUAUGAAGUAUCCUUAUCCCAGGUGGAAUUCGUUCCGGGUGAAGACGAAAACUACGGAUUUCGUGAUGCCUUUCAAACCUUGACCAUGACAUUCCCUGAGGCUACCGAUUACAACUUGGAAUGUGUAGCUUCGAAUGACCAUGCAAGUCGAGACGAGCUGACCGUCUUGGUCGGAGAGAAUUCCCAGAUAGCUUUAACCGGUGGAGCCAUCGCUGGCAUUGUGAUCGCCGUGCUAAUCGUUGCCGUAAUCAUUGCGUUUCUGGUCUUCAUUUUCGUGACCAAGAAACUAUGCUUCGGCGGUGACACUAUUAGGCCUAAUCAACCGCAACGGAGACCAACGCCAAGACGAUUAAAUGCGACCAACCAAGUCACGCAGCCAAAUAGCCACCCGACCGGAACCAAGGCUAAGGUCAAGGCUAUGAAGCCUGGUGGUACAACGCCCUCCUCAGGUUACGUGGUGGGUCAGGACUUUCAAAGAUCAGUACCGACACCCGCGGAAAGUGAGGCGUGGGACGGGAAGUUCCUAUCCUUGCAUAUUGCCAAUUCGUCGUCAUGCAACGACAAUUUCCAUUCGGCCUCCUCGUUUUUCCGUGAUCCAUCAUCGUCAGGCCAAACCAACUCAGCUUUCCAGCCCAUGGAGCAAUUGCGGGCCGUCCCAGCUCAAGCCGUACCCAACAUUCAACCGCCUCGACCGCAGAAGCAACUCAUCGACGAUGGACGCGGGUAUCUCGUGUGAUAAUGAAAAAUCAUGACCAAGAUGACGACCGAAUGAGUCAUCAAGAGCCAUGGAAAUAGUAUUCGAAAAGCUAGUUGAUAUCAUAAGAAUGCGGCCUUGAAUUAUUGGCCAAUACCGUAAGUGCUUGUAACAAUCAAUACAUUAUGAAUGAUGAAUUUAACUGGAA